UCUCUCGUCACUCCCACUUCGUCUUCUUCCUUCUCCAAUUCUCCUUUUUUCUGCAACCUAAAAAUCAUACAUUUAUGCAAUUUCGUUUAUUUAUUUAUUUUGUUUUCGUGGUAAAUUAAAAUAUGGAGAGGGUUUGGGAAAUUGCAGGCAACCUGGGAGAGACGCACAAGCAAGUUGUCCCCAUAACGGUGUUUGUGACGGUUCUCUGCUUCUGUUUGGUCGUCGGCCACCUGCUCGAAGAAAAUCGUUGGGUUAACGAAUCAAUUACCGCUCUUAUCAUCGGGUGUGUGACUGGGACAAUAAUUCUGCUUAUAAGCAAGGGGAAGAGUUCACACAUACUCAGAUUUGAUGAGGAGCUGUUCUUCAUUUAUCUCCUGCCCCCUAUCAUUUUCAAUGCAGGAUUCCAGGUCAAGAAGAAACAGUUCUUCCACAACUUCUUUACGAUAAUGCUGUUUGGAGUAAUCGGAGUUUUUAUAUCAUCGCCCAUCAUCGCAACAGGUUGUUGGUUGUUGUUUGGCAAGUUUGGUAUUAAUCUGAGCCCCCGUGACUAUCUAGCCCUUGGAGCGAUUUUUUCCUCGACGGACACUGUCUGCACUCUGCAGGUUCUCCAUCAAGAUGAGACUCCCUUACUCUACAGCCUCGUUUUCGGUGAAGGUGUAGUAAACGAUGCUACAACGGUUGUUCUAUUCAAUGCAGUUCAAAAGCUCGAUGUUAAUAGAAUCGACGGGUGGACAGCUGUCAAAGUUCUUGUGGAUUUCUUGUACUUGUUCUCCACAAGCACUGCUCUAGGAGUUGCUGCUGGGCUCGUGACUGCAUUUGUUCUCAAGGGCUUGUACUUUGGGAGACAUUCAUCCGUUCGUGAAAUUGCUCUUAUGGUUCUUAUGGCGUACCUUUCCUACAUGUUGGCUGAGCUGUUCGAACUAAGUGGGAUCUUGACGGUGUUUUUUGCCGGGAUUUUCAUGUCGCAUUAUGCUUGGCAUAAUGUGACCGACAGUUCAAGAAUCACAACCAAGCAUGUGUUCGCAAUGAUGUCAUUUAUCGCAGAGACGUUUAUAUUUUUAUACGUGGGAAUGGAUGCUCUGGACAUUGAGAAAUGGAAAAUGAGCAAGUUGAGCGGUUGGGACUCGAUUGGCGUUUACAGUGGUAUCAUGUUAUUGAUAUUGCUUGGACGUGCUGCAUUCGUCUUUCCUCUCUCGGCUUUAUCGAAUUGUUUGAACACAAGUACAAGAAGGUCAUCCUCAAUAACAUUUAAUCACCAGAUUGUAAUUUGGUGGGCCGGGCUAAUGAGAGGAGCCGUCUCCAUUGCUUUAGCAUUCAAACAGUUCACUCAUUACGGUGUGCCACUGGAUCCAGUCAAUGCCACGAUGGUCACAGCAACUGUUAUUGUCGUAAUCUUCAGUACACUAGUGUUUGGAUUCUUGACAAAGCCGUUGAUAAGUUAUUUGCUUCCUCAUUCGAGUGCUAGCAAUUUAGAACGUGAGCCGACUAUCUCCAAAGAGGCAUUGAAGCUUCCUCUUCUUUCGUUUGAAGAAUCUGCUGCAACAAAUCUUCUCCGAGCAAAAGAUGGGUUUUCGAUGCUAAUGGAAAGGCCCGUUUACACUAUCCAUUCCUUUUGGAGGAGAUUUGAUGAUGCCUACAUGAGACCGACAUUUGGCGGGCCCCGAAGCAAUGAAUUGUCGUAAUUAGCAGGAGGAGCUAAUAAUAUGAAUGAAUUGGUGGAUAUAACUUACUAGUCUAACAUGGUGGGACCAUGAUCUCUGCGGUUUAAACUAUUGACCUCGAACGAACGAGUUGUCGAGUCAAGUCGGCUACUGAAUUGGUCUCGAAAUUUUUUACUUGGACUUGGCUCGUGCAAGGUGACUCCCUUCUGGAGAAUCGUCUUGUGUAAUAAUAUUUUGCGAUAAAUUUUCUAUUUAUUUUCGGCAACUCCUAUAUUGUACAGUGCGCAAAUUCAGGUAAAAUUUGCAAGACAAGUACCAAGAUUUUUGUUUUUAGUUAUUUGCUCUGAGGUCUUGGGUUUAUUUUCUUAUUUUUGUGUAACGGGGUUCAACUUUUCGAAAGAAAAAUAAAAUAAAGUAUAUUGCA